AUGACGAUGUCGUACUUACUGCUUCUGGGCGUGCUGCUCCUCGCAGCAACUUCUCAGUCUGAAACUCUAGACACUCGUAUUGUCGGAGGUGAAGACACAAUCAUUGAGAAUUAUCCAUCUUUGGUACAAUUGGAAUAUUUAAACCCUUAUUAUGGAACUUGGUCUCAGGAUUGUGCGGCUAACAUCUUAACUACUUACUGGGUUCUUACAGCCGCACAUUGUUUCGUCGAAAAUGAUAGAGUGGAGUUCAUGCGGAUACGAGCAGGUUCCACUUACCGUAUGACUGGUGGAAGCGUGCACUACAUUGACUUAGUGCGCAAUCAUCCCGACUACGGCGUAGCGAUUGUCCACGACGCUGAUAUUAGUGUCAUGAAACUGCUAACUCCUGUAGUGUACUCGCCUUAUAUCCAAAAGGGUACAAUUGCCAGACAGGGCUUUGUUGUGCCAGACAAUUAUCCUGUUGUGCAUGCUGGUUGGGGUGGUAUCUACACUAAUGGGCCGUCAUCAUACAUUCUUCAACAUGUACAAAUUUACACGAUAAACAGAGAAGUGUGUGCAAGGCGAUAUGGAGACGGUGUAUCAUCAUCAAUCACUGACAAUAUGAUCUGUGCUGGAAUCCUCGAUGUGGGUGGUCGUGACGCUUGCCAAGGAGACUCCGGCGGUCCACUGUACGCUGAUGACGUCAUAAUUGGUAUCUCGUCCUUUGGAAAUAACUGUGGUGAUCCUUAUCACCCUGGUGUCAGCGCUUCUGUCGCUGCUUUCUCUGAUUGGAUUAUUGCGAAUGCUCGGUAA